AGAAGAAAGAAAGGAGAAGAAGUAGAAGGAAGCCAUAACUCUCUCUCUCUGUGUCUGCUCUGCUCUGCGCUCUGCGAUCCCUGUAGGGAAGAAGAGGAAGAAGAGGAAGAAGAAGAAGAAGAAGAAGAAGAAGAGCGGAGCUCAACAAGGCAUUGAUUCUCAGGCUGAUGGUUGAGAUCUGAGGCCUUCUAAUGUCAGAAGUUUUUUGCAAUCUGAAAAAAUUAUCAUAGAUUGAGAGUCAUCCUGACCUGAAGUGAGUGAUUCACUUCUGUAGCUUUAUUCCAUGGGGAUCUUUGAAGAAAUGGGCCUUUGCGGCAACAUCGAGUUUCUCUCUUGCCCGCCUGGGGGAGGAGAGGCGGCUUUAGAACCUGAACCAGAGGCUGCUGUGGACGAAGAUUAUAGUGAUGAAGAAAUGGAUGUUGAUGAGCUUGAGAGAAGAAUGUGGAGGGACCGAAUGCUCCACAGACGGCUUAAGGAACAGAACAAGUCCAAGGAAGGUGGAGCAGGACCAGACAGCUCGAAGCAGCGGCAGUCCCAGGAGCAGGCUCGGAGGAAGAAGAUGUCGCGGGCCCAGGACGGGAUUUUGAAGUAUAUGUUGAAGAUGAUGGAAGUCUGCAAGGCGCAGGGCUUUGUUUAUGGGAUCAUCCCUGAGAAGGGAAAGCCUGUGAGCGGGGCCUCGGAUAACCUCCGAGCCUGGUGGAAGGAGAAGGUCAGGUUCGACCGAAAUGCUCCAGCUGCGAUAGCAAAGUACCAGGCUGAGAAUGCCAUCCCUGGGAUGCCUGAGGAUUGCUGCUCAGUGGAAUUGAACCACACCUUGCAGGAAUUACAGGACACAACCCUCGGGUCUCUACUGUCAGCCCUGAUGCAGCACUGUGACCCACCACAGAGGCGGUUCCCUCUCGAGAAGGGAGUAGCCCCACCCUGGUGGCCCACGGGGAAGGAAGAGUGGUGGUCCCAGCUUGGCCUGCCCAAGGACCAAGGCCCACCUCCUUAUAAGAAGCCCCAUGACCUCAAGAAGGCGUGGAAAGUGAGCGUACUCACCGCAGUCAUAAAGCACAUGUCCCCUGAUAUUGCAAAGAUUCGAAAGCUUGUGAGGCAGAGCAAGUGUCUCCAGGACAAGAUGACUGCCAAAGAGAGCGCCACGUGGCUCGCUAUCAUAGCCCAGGAGGAGGCCUUGUCUAGAAAAUUAUAUCCAGAUCGAUGCCCUCCUGUGUCAGACACUGGAGGUGGGUCAUUCACCAUUGGAGAUACCAGCGACUAUGAUGUAGAAGGAGCGGAAGAUGAACCAAAAUUUUCUUCCGAAGAGAGUAGUAAGCCACAUGACAUGAACAUGAAUCUUUUCCAUGGUAGAGAUAAUGGGUUGAUGAUGAUUCCUCCUCCUCAUCCUCCAUUGAUUCCUCAGAUCAAAGGAGAGAUGAUCGAGAGGAACCCUGGUUCUGAUCUAAUCCCGAAGAGGAAGCAGCCCUGUGAUGGACCCAUGGUGAAGAUCAAUCAAGAGAUAUAUACCUGUGAGAACCCUCAGUGCCCUUACAGUGAUUAUUGGCUUCGUUUCAUGGACAGAAGCUCGAGAAACAAUCACCAGCUGAACUGCCCGUUCCGAAAAAACCAUUCUGCUUCACAGAGGUUUGGUGGCAUUCCAGAAUAUCAAGUCGCUAAUGAAAUCAAACCAGUUGUCUCUCAACCCUUUACUCAACCGAACCCUACUACUGGCUUUGGUGCCUCCAGGUUAAGUCUUCCUGAAGACGGGCAACACGUUAUAUCUGAUCUCAUGUCCUAUUACAGCACGAAUCAACCGAGGAACAAGGGCCCUUCAAAUACUAAAGUUGCGGUUGAAUCCCAGAUCUCUCGUCCAUCACUGAAAGUUCAGCAUACUAUGGAUGAGAACUUUGGUCGGGGAGUCAUCAACAUACCUGAAGAAGCCAAUGGUUUGCCUCCGAAUCACUCUGUUUUUCAGCCGGCGGAGAUUCAGUUUGAUCAUUGCAAGGCGUUUGAUUCUCCAUUUGAUCCUGCUGGUCUCAGUGACUCAAUUGGAGACUUCAGGUUCAGCUCUCCGUUCAAUUUGGCCACAUCAUCGGUAGCAGCAGACUAUACUGUCAGCCUGUUGCCGAAGCAAGAUGGCUCGAUGUGGUACCUGUGAUAUAGGCAGGUCCAAUUUGUAGAGGUAAUUUAAGACUAUGAUAUAAUAUCGAUCAGCAGAGGGUUGAUCUUUCAUGUAGUUUUUGUCUUCCAAUGGUGAAGAUCCUCCUGAAGUUUGGUUUCUUUUAUUUUCUGUUUUAUAGGACUGGUCAGACAUGAAAAACGGGUUCAGAUCUUGUUAUCAGCCCUCCUUGUUACAGAUUAUAGGAUCUUGUGGGGGCAUACCCCGAAUUAACUGUGGGAAGAAUCAGACCCUGUUAUUAGGUACUGCUGUUGUAUUGUUGUUCCCUUUCAUGUGAGAACAUCUUAUGAUGGCAUGUACAUCUGAUGAUGUGUAAUAUUAUAUACUAAUUUAAAGACUAUGACUUUACUGUUUUCUUGAGA